AUGAUUUUAAAUUUAAAAUUUUUUAUUUUUCUUAUUUUAAUAUUUUAUAUUAUACUAUUUGUUAAUUUAAUUAAUGCUGCACCAAUAAAUAAAGGCAGUAUUAGGAAAGAACCUCGAUUUCAAUGUGAUUCAUUUUCAAAAAAAUGUCCAUUUGGGAUGCGAUGUAGAGGGGGCUUUUGUAAAUAA